CGAGUUAUCAAAUUUUCAAUUAAAUCAGAAGCACCUUUUAUUGAAUUAUAACAAUUGGAUCCGAUAUCAUGGAAUGAUUGAAUGUGAAGCUUUGAAAGACAUUUUGGUUUAUUCUUUGGCUUGAUGAAUCUUGAUGAAAUUUUUUAGUGUGAAGUUUGAUGUUUUUAUUUUUUCAUUUCUCGCAUUUAAUUUUAUAUUUUUGUGAACUCUCAUUCUUUACUAUCCAAGAUAUUCAUUAAAACGAUCUCACGCUGAAGAGUAGCAAAAUGGAGUAUAAUAUUUACGAUUCGAAAACGGAAGAUUCCACCAGAAGUACCAUUGCUAUGUCACGCAGCACUAAUAGUAAAGCUCUUUUAUCACAGAACUCACAUGGACAAACUAGGACGAAGAAGAUUCGUUAUUUCUUCUGGCCAUUUGUAUUUGGUGUUAACCUGUAUGAUUUUCUUGGCCUGUGUAACCUAGUUCCCACACACAGUCUUCACUUGUCUCGACCGUUUCUGAUGAGCACCUCAAAGUUUCAGGUGUUCCACAAAUCGCAAUCACAGGCGCACGACUUACCUACGAUCUCCAACUAAUAAAGAACAUCAUAAUUAUGUUAAUGCUCUUCUUAGUUUUCGAGUGUCAAAUUUUCAUUUGAAUUAGAAUUCGCUUAAAACAAAUCAAACG